AGAAGACGAUACACAAAUUGAAUUAUAUUGCAGAUUAAUAUUCUGCUAUUACGGGAGAUGUAUAAGUAUACACACAAAAGCUGCAUUUCAGCAAAUUCAAACAUGGGAAGACGGAGAUUAGUCUGUGUUGUCUGUUGUCAAGAGCGGUUGAAAUGUUUCCGUUCCAGCUUGUUGUUACUGUGCGAUAAAUAAGUCAGGGAUCAGCAAAGUCCUUGCAUUCAUUUUCUCAGGGGGUUUAUCCAAUAGCUGAUGAGAUAUGUCAUUCUGGAUCAAAGCUUUGGACAAAAUUCUGAUGCCCAACUCAGCCUCAAGCAUGGAAUUAUAGUCAUUUUGAUCAAAUUUUGCUUUCCAGGGCAAUUGCAGUUUUGUUACCGUUUCAGCGCUGAUUCUAAAAUAAGCCAGAUUAGUGUAAUAGUCUUUACAUCACAGUUGUAUUCAGCCCUUCAGUUGCGUUUGGUCUAUUAGUAAAUAAAGUAUCCUGAAAUGGCAGAUCAUCCAGGCUGCCAGCAACACAACAAUGUGGACACCGAUGAACUCUGUGAGUAUUUCUCGCAGCACCUUAGUGAAUAUGAGAAUGUUCUCGGCGCCUUAGAAGACCUGAAUAAGUCCAUACUGACGGCCAUGGACAAAACAAAGAAGGAUUAUCAGGAGUCCACCCACCUGGAGCAGUUUGUGACCCGCUUCCUGCUGAAGGAGACAACCAAUCAGCUGCAUUCUCUUCAAAGCUCGCUCGAGUGCGCGAUGGAAACCACAGCCGAACAGACUCGCCAGGAGAAACAGGGCCCGCUGAAGCCCGAGGUGUUGUCCAUCCAGUGGUCCGGGCGUCGCACCAACCGGAGGCUUCAGAGGAACAGCAGCCUGUCUCCCAACAACCCGCUGCUUAGUCUCGUCAAUUCAGGUAUUUAUGAUGAAGACAGCCAGUGGAUGAUCCAGGUCAACAGACUGCAGAAGCUUAUCGACCGCCUCGAACAAAAGGAGAUUCGUCUGGAGCCUUCUGAGGAGGAGGUCUUGGAGAGCAAAUCGCACAUCCUGAUUGUCCAGAGGCAGCUCUCUGUGCUGGAGGAGGAGCUGGAGGAGUUUCGUCUGGCUCUCAGACAGUACAUGGAGUGUGCCUGUGCCCAGACUGGAUGUCUACACAUUGCAGUUCAGCGGCUGGCAAAUGAAUCACGCUUCAUUCUCUACGAAUUCUGGGAGCACAACAACGUGUGGAAGAAUCACCUGCAGACCAACUACAGUAAAACCUUUCAGAGGGGGAAUGUUGACUUUCUGGAAACACCUGAGACCAUAACCACCAUGCUGGUUCCUGCUUCAUGGUGGGUCCUCAACAACAACUGAUAGCAAACAGGCGUCCUUCACUGAUCAUCACUGAUGAGUGCAGAGCGCACAGCAUGUUGACAGUCACCUGUCAUCACAUCCUGAAGUUCACAGACACACACACACACACACACACACGCACACAAAGUAAUACAGCAGAACCCGUGAAGUCAUGGUGAUUAGUAUAGAUUUAAUGACUUCCAUGUUCCUUCAUAGUUAGGUGGUAGGUUAUAUAGGCCGUGUGUGUGUUUGUUCCCACUCCUACACUCCGACGCUCUGACCUGCUAAAAGCAAUGGCCCGAUCUGACAUCAUCACUGUGUUUGACGUGGCAUCAUCUGCGGCCCAGGCUAGAUCAUGAGAGCUGAAGCGCGCGCGCUGAUUUGUGUGUGUGUGUGUUUUAUAGACAACCUGUGGGUACAAAUUUCUGUUUAAAGACCAGUUAGUUGGGGAGGGGUUGUCAAAUUGGGAACAAAAGUCAUGUCCCUCAUUAGGAAAAGGGCAGAUUUUUGUGUCAGGGUUAGGGCAGGUCUAAGUAGUGUGUGUGUGUGUGUGUGUGUGUGUGUGUGUGUGUGUGUGUGUGUGUGUGUGUGCAUGUGUGUGUGUGUGUGUGUGUGUGCAUGUGUGCGUGUGUGCGAGUGUCCAAAACACAUUUUUAAGGUUAGAGUAAAAUGAGUAGUACUUAAGGGUUAAGGCCAGAGAAAAGAAUGUAAGUAAUGUCCUCUGAAGUCGAGACAUGACUAUGUGUGUGCCUGCGUGCGUGGAUGUGUGUGUGUGUGUUUGUUUACUUGUCUUUCUAUAGUUGUGGGGGCCAGCUUUGAUUCAAAACCCUCUUGUGAGGACAUUUUGAUGUCGUGAGGACAUUUUGGUUGGUCCACACAACUUCGAAGAGCUGACUGAGGGUUAAGACUCGGUUUUAGGGUUAGAGACAGAAUUAAGUUUGGGUAAGGCUAAGGGUUGGGGUUAGGUAUUUAGCUGUGUUGGUCAAAGCUAGAGUAAGUGGCUGGGUAAUGCAAUAUUUCGAUGAGUGUCCUCCCAACUAUAGGAAGACAAGCGCGUGUGUGGGUAUGUGUGUGUAUGUGAUAGAGAGAGAGAGAAGGAGAGAGAUGUAUAGAUGUAGUUGUAUUGGGGAAUAAUUGUAUCAUUUGUAGCAGUUCAUUAAAACCAAUAUUCUCUGUUUAAUGUGUCAAAUUGAGAUAAAGAUUUGUUGGUCAUAAAUAAAGACGAUUCAUGAUUGUG